UCCCAGACACUUCCGGUUCGCCGCGCUAUCCCGCACGUCCCCAAACAGCACUUUCGACAAGACCUUGGAGUCUACUGUGCUCCUCUGGCACUCCUGUAUUUUCUUUACGCCCUCACCAUUCUGACUCAGGUUGAAGAUAAAACGUAAGCUUUGUAGAAUGAGAGACGGGCGUGGCUGCAGAAGGAAGGGUCAGGUAAGCGGGUCUGGCGAAUCUGCGAGGUGGUGAGCACUGCGCCCCUGCGCCUCAGCGGGCGGAAGUCGGCGAGUCUGAAUGGAUCCCGGAGCCGGCGGCUGCGGUUCCUCGGUCUCCAUCUGACCCUGGGCCCGCCGCUCUGCUGCCGAUCUUGUCGGCCUCUGGGCCACCAGGUUCAUGUGGAGGCUCCCAGGCGCCCGCGCUGCGCUUCGUGGGGUGCGGACGGCAGUGGAGCGGCGCAGCCGGGCCGAGGCGGCGGCUGAGACAGCGGCGGGCGCCAUGGAGCGCGCUGUAGUGCGCUGUGUGCCUUCGGAGCCCAAGCUGAGCCUGUCGUUUGCUCUGGCCGACGGCAGCCACAAAAACAUGCAGCGCGACCAGAGCGAGCCGCUGGGGCGGGCCCUCAGUCGGAUCGCUACCAACGCCCUCAAGGGCCACGCUAAGGCGGCCGCGGCCAAGAAGAGCAGAAAGAACCGGCCGAACGCGAGCGGCGGCGCGGCCUGUGCAGGGCCCGGGCCGGAGCCGGCGGCUCCGUGUGAGCCGGUCGUGAAGCUGUACUACCGGGAGGAGGCGGUGGCUGAGGAUGUGCUCAACGUGGACGCCUGGCAGGACGGCGCGGUGCUGCAGAUCGGCGAUGUCAAGUACAAGGUGGAGCGCAACCCGCCCGCCUUCACCGAGCUGCAGCUGCCGCGUUACAUCAUGGCUGGCUUCCCCGUGUGCCCCAAGCUCAGCCUCGAGUUUGGGGAUCCUGCCAGCUGCCUCUUCCGCUGGUACAAGGAGACCAAGCCUGGGGCGUCGGAAGCUCAGGGCAGUGGCUCUUCGUCGUUGUCUGCCUCCUCAGCCCCAUCUUCGGCUUGGACCGAGACGGGUGUAGACGAGCGCGUCUACACCCCGUCCAAUGCUGACAUCGGGCUACGGCUCAAGCUUCGUUGCACGCCAGGCAAUGGGCAGCGUUUCGGGCCUAGCCGGGAGUUAGAAAGUGUAUGUCCGGUGGAGGCCGGGCCUGGCACCUGCACUUUUGACCAUCGGCAUCUCUACACCAAGAAGGUGACAGAGGACGCUCUCAUCCGCACUGUCUCCUACAACAUCCUGGCGGACACUUACGCCCAGACUGAGUUCUCGAGGACGGUCCUGUACCCGUACUGUGCCCCCUACGCCCUGGAGCUCGACUACCGCCAGAACCUAAUCCAGAAGGAACUCACGGGCUACAACGCUGACCUCAUCUGUCUGCAGGAGGUAGACCGCGCGGUGUUCUCUGACAGCUUGGUGCCCGCCCUCGAGGCCUUCGGGCUGGAGGGGGUGUUUCGAAUCAAGCAGCACGAAGGCCUGGCCACUUUCUACCGGAGGUCUAAGUUCAGCCUCCUUAGCCAGCAUGACAUUGCUUUCCACGAAGCCCUGGAGUCCGACCCCUUGCACAAAGAACUGCUGGAGAAACUGGCCGUGUACCCGCUGGCGCAGGAGAAGGUGCUGCAGAGGUCUUCUGUCCUGCAGGUUUCAGUUCUUCAGUCUACAAAGGACUCCUCUAAGAAGAUAUGUGUUGCUAAUACUCAUCUCUACUGGCAUCCAAAAGGCGGGUACAUUCGGCUCAUUCAAAUGGCAGUCGCCUUGGCUCACAUUAGACAUGUCUCAUGUGAUCUGUAUGCUGGCAUACCAGUUAUAUUUUGUGGGGACUUUAACAGUACACCAUCAGCAGGGAUGUAUCAUUUUGUUAUCAAUGGCAACGUUCCAGAGGACCAUGAAGACUGGACUUCUAAUGGAGAAGAGGAAAGAUGCAACAUGUCUCUCACACAUUUCUUCAAACUGAAGAGUGCUUGUGGUGAACCCGCUUACACAAAUUAUGUUGGUGGCUUUCAUGGAUGUCUGGAUUACAUUUUCAUUGACUUAAAUGCUUUAGAGGUUGAACAGGUGAUUCCAUUACCUAGUCAUGAAGAAGUUACCACCCACCAGGCCUUACCUAGUGUUUCCCAUCCUUCUGAUCACAUAGCACUUGUAUGUGAUUUAAAAUGGAAAUAGAUUUGUGUUUAAUGGAAUUUCUGUUAAGUCUGAAAAAGAAAUGUUACUUUAGUAGAAAAUGCUAAUCAAAGCUUACAUCUAACCUUUAAUGAGGAAAAUCAGAAACUAAGGCAAAACAGUUAUACCCUACGAGUUAAGCUGCAGAUGUCUCACUGGGAGACCACUCAUGUUUGCAUCGUAUACUUUCUCUACCCUUCUUUUCCCAAAUAUAUUUAUGACUAGCAAGAAGAAAAUGGAAUUAUUGGAUACAUUUUUCUAAGUGAUUUUGAAGUCAGUAAUUAAGAAUUUUUUUAACAACCAUUUCAAUGAUUUUAUAAUUUUUCAUUCAUCAUAUACAUUUUAAACUGAAUCAUGUUUAUAUAAUUAGGGGGGAAAUACAUAUAGAUAAGGUAAGAGACCUGCAUUCUGAAGGAGUAACAUUAGGGUCUACCUCUACCUCAAUUUGGUCGGCAGUUUAAUACAAUUUCAGAGCUUUGACAAAAGAUUACAAUACACCAUCAACAAUUCUUAUUGCUUCUUCUUUUUAACUAUCACAGUAUUUUGUUUUAUGAUUUUAGUUUUCAGUAUAUGGUACAAAUGAGUACAAUUCUUUUUAUUACUGCAGCUCAUUUUUUUUAGGAUGCAAGCACAAUUUACUAUUCAAAAUGAGUAGCAACAUACUCAGCGUGACCUCAUUGUAUCUAAUUCUUGCCCAUGGAACGUAUUUCUAAUUCAGCGGGGAUGUUUCUAACUCAGCAAGGCAUUUGAUCAUAUGGGCACAGAAUCUUAAUGAGAACCUGCUGCUGAUGUGGGUUUAAAAUUUUUGAUGAAAUGUUGAGCAUUUCUAUGCUAGAUGUAUUAUCAAAAUUGUCCGUUUUUAUAGAGAAGGGGGAACAGUGGAGCUUUUUAGCACCUCUGAUGUAAAAAGCUAUUCUUUUUAUAGACUUCAUUCAGCUUUAUAGUUUGAAAUACAGGGCAAACGUAUAUAUAAUUUAUAUUCUGUAAAACAAAAUGUGAAGGCAGACUUUAAAAUUAGAAAUGCCAAGCAGUGGUCCUAGUGUCCAACCUCAACUAGCCAGUGAGGUUUACUUCAUUUACUGCCAUGCAUUUGCAGUUCUUUAGUGGUGCCUUUUUUUGAUGUUCAGGCUAACUGUAAUGUUGUCUUGUAUUUCUGCAUUUCACUUCUAGCUUAAGUAUUAAAAGCCUACUCAACUCAAGAAGAGCUCUGAUUUUUCUUUCAGUCAUGACAGCAUUUAUUGCAAAUUCUUUAAUCUGUAAACCCUUAAAUCUGUCACAGCUCUCUUGAUAAAAUUGUCUAUACUUUCAUAUUUUGCUCACCAUCAAAUGUGUCAUUAACUCUUGGCUUAGUAAGUUUGAGAACAAAAGGUUUUACCUGCACUCUAGAGCAAACUUCAAAGAACUUAAAAGUUAAGGUAACGGUUUCUAGGGAUCUUGUUUAGAAAAGGCUGUAAAUAUAAAAUUGAUACUACCAAACUGUGCCUUCCUAAGUAACUUUGUUUAAGAGUAGUUUACAGGUACAUAAAUAAUUUAUGAUGGGUGGGUAUUUGGCCUAGAGGGUAAUACUUCCCUGUUCCAUAUUGGAGUGCCUGGGUUUGAUACUGAACUUCUGACUCCAGUGUCCUAAUACAGGCCCUGGGAGGCAGCACUGAUGGCCUAAGUAAAUUGAGUUCCUGCCACCUACUUAAGAUACUAGAUUGAGUUCUUGGCUUCCAACUUGUAGGCAUUAGGGAGUGAACCAGUGGAUGAGAGCACUCUGUCUCAAAUAAAAGCCAGAAUAUGAUUAUUUUACAAAAUAUGUAUAUUUUUUUCUUUAUAUUAGUUUUGGUCUGCUUUCAAACAGACAUGUUGACCAGACUCUUGAGAAAAAACCAGAAUUCUCAGAAAAAGGCAAACAUUUUAAAAGAAAAAAAUUGUAAUUACUCAUGCCCAUGAAAAAAAGCAUAUAGAUCUUAUAUUAACACCAUGGCCAAACAGAAUGAACUCUGAUCAGAAAAACCAAACACUUAAUCAUGCAUUCCAUAUCCUGAAUCCUUAAAUUUGAUAUCUGCUCAUUCAGUAGUUUACUCAGAUUGUUUAGAUAUUUCAGAAUACUGGGAUAUGGAAUGUUGUGAACUGCCAUGUAUUCUGGCCCAACCUUUGGAAUCCAGAUAGGUUAAAAUGAUUGGAGUUCAAAGGUAGGGAACACCAAGAAAAUUACAUGAACUGCAUACUGAAUUUUCUUGAACCCAUUAGUUAGAAUACAGUGUUAUUCAGAAAUGCCUAAGUGUUUAAAAGCUAUCUUUGAAUUUUUCUAUUACAUUUGAACUUUGUGGUAUAUUUAAUUUUAAUAAAAUAAGUGAAAUCUAGCAACUCUGU